AUGGCCGCUGCAGCCGCCAGUCCCCCGGCGGUGGUCCGCGCAGCCCAGAAAGACGACUAUUACCGCAACGGGCUGCGGAGCGCGGCCGGUGGCGCCUUGCACAGCCUGGCAGGUGCAAGGAAGUGGCUGGAAUGGAGGAAGGAGAUUGAGCUGCUCUCUGACCUAGCCUACUUCAGCCUCACCACACUGGCAGGCUACCAGACCCUCGGGGAGGAGUACGUGGGUCUAGUCCAGGUGGACCCGUCCCAGCGCCGGGUACCCUCAAGGCUCCGCCGCAGCGUGCUCAUUGCACUGCACACAGCCCUUCCCUACAUCCUGGACAAGGCGCUACUGCACCUGGAACACGAGCUGCAGGCCAACGGCGGCAUCGGGCCGGGCACACGCAGCCGGACGGGUGUGCGGCUCUGGGUGCACCAGCGAGCUGCCCGGCUCAGUGAGCAGCAGCGGAGGGCGCUCCUGCAGGCAGUGCACGUCUUCUCACGGGGCCUCACCUACCUGCGGCGUCUCCACGUCGCCUGGUUCUACAUCAGCGGUGUCUUCUACCACCUUUCCAAGAGGCUCACAGGCAUCACUUACGUGAGUCCAGCCAGGCCACCAGUGGCCCUGAUCUUUGUGGCCGCCACCCAUCUCACACAGCUUGGUACCCACCACCCACCUGGAGAGGAGCUCAGGGCCCGUGCCACCUACAAGCUGCUGGGGGCCAUCUCCUUGCUGCACCUGACGCUCUCUGUAGGGGUCCACGUGUACAACUUCCAGCAGAGGCAGCGGGCGAGGAAGGAGUGGAGGCUGCACCGUCACCUGUCCCACCGCAGGAGCCAUGUGGAGGAGCGGGCCGCCCCCAAAAGCCCCUUGUGCACCCUGUGCCUGGAGGAGCGCCGGCAUGCAACAGCCACACCCUGCGGGCACCUCUUCUGCUGGGAGUGCAUCACCGAGUGGUGCAACACCAAGAUGGAAUGCCCCCUCUGCAGGGAGAAGUUCCCGCCCCAGAAGCUGGUUUACCUGCGGCACUACCGCUAA